ACACACACACACUCACAGAGCGCGCAGAGAGAGUGUGUGAGCAUUGUGGAUGUGGAGUGGUGGAGAAAGGAUGCUCCAGCUCUCUAAAGGACGUUAUCGUUUAUUUAUUUAAUUCUUAAACCGACAGGGUAAUAAUAAUAAUAAUAAUAAUAAUAAUAAUAAUAAUAAUAAUAAUAAUAUCAGAAUAAUAAUGGCCAAGCCGCCUGGGAAUGAAGACGGAGCAGUAAGGAUUGGAGGCACUGAAGUGGACUGUGGUGAUGGAGAAUAUCUGUGUCUGGAAGAUAUUUUAUCCCUUUACGCUCAGCCCAUCAAUGAGGAACAAGCCUGGGCUGUUUGUUAUCAGUGCUGCCGGUUUUUCAGCCAGUUUAAACGCAGGAGACGGAAUUCCCAAUCCGGUACGGAUGUAGCCAUGAAGAUUAAAGGACCAGGAGAUGUGAGGAUCUGUAAAGACGGGACUGUUAAAGUACAGGAGAUGAACCCUUCAGAUAAAAAUACACAGCAUAUUUCUUCCUCUGAGAUGAUCGAGUCUCUGGGCGUUAUGAUUUACAAAGCCCUGGACUACGGGCUAAAGGAGAACGAAGAGCGGGAGCUCAGUCCUCCUCUCGAGCAGCUGAUUGACCUAAUGACCAACAUGUCUGUCACGGAGGUAGACGCCUGCUCUGACGAGGGCUACGAAGCCACAGAGGAGGAAGAUGAGGGAGAGGAAGAGCAGACGGUGGUCUCAAGCGUGCGAGGCUAUAAAGACAUCAUCGCGCUGUGUACAUCCCACCUCCCGAGUUCAUCAGAUGCUUCCAGCCACUACCAGGCCGUGUGCCGAGCGCUGUUCGCCGAGACCAAGGAGCUCCGGACCUUCCUGGAAAAGAUCAGGAAUGCCAAAGAGAAUUUGCGGCGCAUGGGGGUAGAAACUCCCGAGGCACCUGCCAGAGAUCUGAACGAGCUGCAGAAUGAUGAUUGGGCUCGGUUCUGGGUGCAAGUGAUGAGGGACUUGAGAAAUGGUGUGAAGCUGAAGAAGGUGCAAGAGCGACAAUACGACCCUCUGCCCUUCGAGUACCAGCUCACUCCAUACGAAAUGCUCAUGGACGACAUUCGCUUCAAACGCUACAAGCUCCGCAAAGUCAUGGUGAAUGGGGACAUUCCUCCCAGGUUAAAGAAGAGUGCUCAUGAGGUCAUAUUGGAGUUUAUACGCUCCAGACCUCCUCUGAAUCCAGUCUCUGCUCGUAAGCUAAAGCCUCAUCCACUAAGACCCCCGAGCCUCCAUGAAAGAAUCCUGGAGGAAAUCAAAGCCGAGAGGAAGCUGAAGCCUGUUUCCCCUGACAUGAUCCGCAGGAGCCGGCUCGGCGCAGGCAAAAGCAUCAGCACUCCCCAGGACUUGUUCCGAUGCUCAGACAAGCCGGGGUCACCCAGGAAGAGGAUUGCGGUCAGCACGCUGGCACUGGCCGAUGACACACAACUGUCUUUGAAUCCUGAAAACGGAGCACCGUCACUCUCACAAAGGAAAAAAUUGCUCAAAGCACCGACACUAGCCGAGCUAGAAAGCUCCGACUCUGAGGAGGAGUCUAGCACACACAAAUCGAUCAGCAGCUCCAGCUUAUCCACUUCUAUGGUGGACGACACGUCUCCGGAUUCAGUCAAGGGUAAAAGAACCCAUCCACAGUUCCUCCCCAUAUCGUCUACACCUCAGCCUGAGCGCCACAGAGCUCCUCGGCGGAGACACUCCAUUGAGAAAGAGACCCCAACCAGCGUUCGUCAGUUCAUGCCUCCGUCUCGCCAGAACUCCAGAUCUCUGCCACCACAGGAAAAGAAGGAGGAAUUUUGCUACCCAGUGGAGUGUCUGACUCUGACUGUAGAGGAAGUCAUGCACAUCAGACAGGUUCUGGUCAAAGCUGAGCUUGAGAAGUUUCAGCAGUACAAAGAGGUGUACAAUGCUCUGAAGAAAGGAAAGCUUUGCUUUUCUUGUCGCACAAAGAAGUUCUCCUUUUUCACCUGGUCCUACACCUGUCAGUUCUGCAAGAGAACUGUGUGUUCCCAGUGUUGUAAGAAGAUGAAGCUGCCCUCCAAGCCCCAUGCCCACUUGCCGAUUUACGCUCUCGGACCCACUGCCCAGGUAGAGAAGUCCUCACCCAUCCAGCGCAACAGCCUAAAAGCCUCCACAUCCAGACAGUCCAGGCACGGGGAGUCCACCACAUCUAGAGAUGAAGUGGAGUUUCCAAAGGAUCUGACGGAGGACUGGAGCACCAUGGAUGUGUGCAUGGACUGCAGGAAUUUCAUCAAUGACAUCAUCAGCUCCAGCAAGCGUAGUUUAUCCGCGGCUAGCACACGGUCCCGAAUGAAGCGCAAAACCCAGUCUUUCUACAUGUCGCCUUCCAGAUCCCGCGAGUUUCGUCCCUCGGAGCGGACUAUCAAAGAAGUGUAGAAGGAAGCUCUGCCUUUGUGGUGUCAUUGUAGGACAAUAUGUUUCACUUAACAAAGUGAUGGAGUCUCUGCGGCCUGGUGUCAUUUGUUCAUCCUAAUCAGACUUGCUAAUGAGAAUGACUUGGCUCUGUCCAAGACGUACACUAUUCCCAGGUGUUAAAAUGGAUCUUGUCUCUGACUAUGGUCAAAAAAAUAUUUAAAUAAUAUCUGUAGUUGCUGGAAACAUGAGCUCCUGUGCUUACCUGUUGUCCUUUACUUCGUCAUAAGACUCUGGGGAUCAUUUUUCUGUCCCUUUGAGUGAAUGUCUUUCCAAGUGUUGGCCUUUCCAAUGGUUUGACCCACCUAUCCAGUUCAUGCUGUCUGUCGAGUCUGAUUUCAGCUCGGAGAACGUCUUCCACAUUCAGGAUGAAGUCUAGAUGGUGUCAUGGCUACCAUUUUACCAAAUCAAAAGGAAUUGAAUCACAAGAUUUAUAGUUCCUUAGUUUAGUGUUUCAGAUGUGGCUGAAAGAAUGAACUUCUGUCCUUCCUUUAACCGCACCAGCCCUGUCCCCCUGUCUCAGGAAGAAGGAAAAUGUGAAGUUAAACUAUGGAAAUGUAGUUUACCAAAGGCUCCAUAGCCCCUUUUUUACCAGCUUAUUUUUUCUUUCUUCUUAUUCCAGAUGUGCAUGCAACGCUAGGAGAAAAGGUACAGAAUGAGACCUGAAUGUAUAUUUUUACUCGAGAGAAGACCAUACAGUCGUAUGUAAAUAGUAUGCUGAAGGAUCAGCCCAGACGUGUAAAUAAUGUUUAUUUCCCUGACUCAGGAAUAAGUGAAGUAGACAGACAGGCAGAUAUACCGGUUACUUCGCAGUCUGCCCUCCUUUGCCCAUUUGUCGACCAAAUGCUUUUCUGCUCAUUUGGCGUUUGGUUAAACUGCUGCUUUGUAAAUCAAAAGAUUUGAUAACUGCAAAAAAAUCUUUCAGGAUAUAUAUAUAUAUUUAUACUUCAGUUUAUUCGUUUGCUUUAAGACUUUAAUAGUAAAAAAAAAUAAUGUCAACAAAUUCAUUUCCCAACUUCAGCUUCUUAACAUUUUGUCGGGAUUUGGAUGAAGCUUCUUAAAGAAGAGCUUGCUUGUGCCAAAAUAACUCUACAAUCUGAACUCUUGUGUGUUGGACCUGCUGUACAUAGUAAAUAUCAUAAACGGAAGAUGAAGUGUUCAUGAAACCAGAGACAUUUAACAGCCUGAUAUAUCUAAUCUAAUGUUUACCUUGUAAUCUCGUACGUUUAUGUUCAUAUAGUUUAAAUAAUAUAAUUAUUAUAAUUAUCUUCAUGGUCUAAUAAUUUACCAUGUUUUUAAAGAAUGCACUUUCACGUGACAGCAGAUGCAGAGUUUGUUGCGUUCAUGUUUUGUUUGAUUGUGUGUUUUUUUUUAUGUAUUUUUUUUUUGUAUUAUUUAAUUCCCCCCCCCCUUUAUUAGUAGUUGCUAGUGCCAUGUUAUUCGUUAUUUUCCGUAACUCCUUCAGUCAUUUGGCUCAGUGUGAAGCCGUUCGGUCAGACGUGAGCAGUUGGCCUUCUGUAUUUUCCUUGCUUCUUCAUCCUGUAAUCUUGCAUGCAGAGCAAAAGUCCCAUGUUCUGUUGGCUGAAUGUUGUGCAGACAUUCCAGAUUGUUGGUUCACUGACUGUAUUGUUUUUUUGUAAAAGAUAAACAAUGUGCAUGUAAAAGCUUUGGUCCUGAUUUAUUAUUUUUUUUAAAUUUGAUCAACAAAUCAAUUGAUAAUAAACAUAUUUCAUGUAGCAA